GUCAGCUAUCAGCAUCAGUUCUGCAGGGAAUCCAGAACGUUCGGUGAAGAAUCCUGUUGACAUUUUAUUUGAACCAUUGGAAUAUCACUAUUAAUGCUGAAGGAUACAAUUCUAAUCCUUUUUAUUGAAUAAAACAUCUGGCACUUGAUAUUGUUUUAUAUCAACUCUGCAUCCACUUUAGACUCUGGAAUAAGGAGCACUGCGGGGUUUAUUUUUUGUUGGGGGGGAGGAGAACCCCUUAACUGGAGGGGUGUCUGUCUGCCCCCCGUAUUCCCAUACACUGCAGACCUGACAGCCACUCUAUGUUCUACAAACUAUUGGGAGCUCUACAGGAUGAAUUUCGAGGGUCUGCUGCUGGUGUUUCUGUGGUUCCUUCACGUAGUCUGUGCUGAGGGGGACCCCAUUCCAGAGGAAAUGUAUGAAAAGUUUGCAAGGGCAUCCGUCAAGUCUAUAUCGGAUAUACAACGGCUUCUGCAGAUAGAUUCCGUAGAUGUUGAGGAAGAUAUGAACCACAAUUCUAGGAAUGAAACACAAAGUUUGCCUAGGGCUAAUUCCAGCCACUCCCGGGUCAUCCGCAGCUUAGAUGUUCAGAUGGCCCAGAUGGCAGAAUGCAAAACAAGGACUGCAGUGUUCGAAAUCUCCCGCCAACUUGUGGAUCCAACAAAUGCAAAUUUUCUAAUAAAUCCUUCCUGCAUAGAGGUUCAGAGGUGUUCUGGGUGCUGCAUGUCAUCUAAUUAUAAAUGUAUUCCAGUGCGUGUCCACGUCCGAAAUGUGCAGAUAAUGAAAAUUACACCGGGUCGUCCCAAGAAUAAAGUAGAACUGGUUGUGAUUUCUGUAGAAGACCAUGUGGAAUGUAAACCAGGACCUAUUAAUUCUGCUGCACCAAGAAGCCACCACAUCCACCAGGAGGCUAAAGGGGUAGCAGGUACACCUCAAACAACUGUGCGUCCUGCUACGGUCUCUCGAAAAGAAGACUCUCCACUCCGAGCAUCAAAGAGGAAAAAUAGAAAGUUCAAACAUCUGCCCAGCAAGAAAGAGCAAAUGCAACUAUUGGUUACGUAGUAAACAUAGUAAUGGCUCUUAUCUGUAUCGUUCAACAGGCUCCAAUGGAAAUGAAACACAUUUGGCCCCUAUGGGGUCAUCCUAACGUCAUUUCUGACUGUCUGCUUCAAACACCUAUCCUGGAGCUGGUGCUUUAUGAUGGACUGACCAAGAAUAAUGCCUUCAUGCGCUUUGUUGCUCCAUCCAGGUGCCCUUCAGGCAAUGAGGAGACAGAAUAUGAAUGCACAUGGCUGCAAAAAAAUGCCAACAACCACUAGAUGCCAAAUCCUAUGCAAAUUUAAGUGACUUAAAAAUGACCCAAAAAGAAGGGACACACCUUUUUUGGACUCACUGGAUGUAUAUUGCUACUUUAUUUAAUUGCCUUUAUUUUGUAUUUUUAUAAAUAUAUAUAAAUAUAUACAUAUUUUUGUAAAAAGUUGUUUCCUUUGCUGAACUUGCACGAGGCAGGACAGAGUCUGGAAAAGAGAAUGGAACUGACUCCUAGUGGAUUCGUCUGCAUGAACCCUGUAGAUUUUCUAUACCCCCCCAGGUCUAGUCUGGCAAGCGAGAGGUUAAUGGCUUGUAUUCUAAGCUAUUAUUUCAGCCCUGAGAUCUGUAAGGUGCUCUCAGAAUGUAUGAUGGCAGAUCACUGGUCAAUAAAUGUAGCUUCAAAUCAUCCUGUAUCCCUUUCCCCUCCACACCACCUUCUUUCUUGUCUGCUAAUUUGCUUCUUUUUCAGUGUCAUUUUCCUCAGCUUUUCUUUUGUUAAUUCCUUUCUCUUUGCACACAGCUCUGACUGUCAACAAAACUCAAAAAUAGUGGUUUAUAAUGUAAAGUAAUUUAUAUUCAGUAUUUAAUUUCUACAACCAACAAGACUUUCUUUAAUUUGUAUU